CCCCAAGUGUGCGGAAAUACUGCUGCAGCACGGGGCUGAUGCCGGUCUCAGGAACAAGGAUGGUCAAACGGCGGAGGACAUCGCUGCAGAUGAGGACACACGUGACGCUGAUCCGGACGACGAAGAUGACGAAGACCGAAUUAUUCGUGGUAGAGAGGAAAUACUGAAGCUUCUCCGACAACAAAAUAAUGAAGUCUCCACACGUAAGAAAGACUACGAUCCUGUACUCGUCCGGUUCUAUGAAGAAAGAGGAAUGACCGUGGCGAAGAAGGAUUGUCCGUUGAUAGAAGAAGCAGCUAAGCAGAGCGGGAAAACUGUAGACCAAGUGAAGAACUUCAUCGGCAACUAUCGUAGGAGUAAGAGCGGCAGUAAACGGAGCCUCCCCAUAGACGACAUGGGGACUGAGAACAUCACGGGACAUCGUGAAGACUUAGGGAUGUCGGCAAAAAAGGGAGACAGCAGUGUUCCACUCGAAAUACAGCUGCGGGGUCCUGGAAUGCAGCAGCUGUACUCCCAGGCCUGCCGCCAGGGGGCGCGACCGGUGCACAGCGUGCGCGGGCUCGUGGUUGGUCAGUUAAGAUCCGGGAAGACGUGUGUCGUCAGGAGGCUGACGGGAGAGAAGGCUGUGGAGAAUGAACCGAUAACAGACGGCAUCGAGAUUUCACCCAGCGUGAAGACCAAGACUUGGCGGAAGGCAAAAGAAGAGCCAGACGAAUUCAAGGAAACCAUGGCAGAACGAUUGGCGGAACAACAAGAACGGGACAAACCACGCACCCGGACAUCGUCAGGAGCCCAAGGAGCAGUCAGGAAAAGGUCUACAGAUGCAGGAAAAGCAAAAAAAAUGACAAGGAAACGGACUUUGCAAACGCAGCAGGAGAAACAACCGAAGGGCGAGACGCCGACGCAAAGCCAACAGACACCAAAACUGCAGAAAGAAGGGAGAGAAGAAAGUGUGGUUACGACUACGUCACGACAAACACAAGACAUGCCGGAUGAUGUCAAAAUAAAACCUCAACAGCGACUUCAGAGCGACGUGACGGUUCUGCAGCAAACACAAGACAUACCGGAUGAUGUCAUAACAAAAGCCAAAGAGCGACUCCAAGGUGGCGUGACCGAGGAGCAGCUUGGAACAGCCGAACACCCGCGUCUCUCCCUCUGGGACUUCGGCGGCCAGGCCACGUACUACGGCUCGCACCAGUGCUUCUUCACGUACCGCGGGAUCUACAUCCUGGUCAUGUCACUGCUGCAGAAGCUGUCCGACCCAGUUCCUGAUCUGGACUACAAGGCGGCAGCGGACAAUCUCGUAACUGGAAGAGACUACUUGGACCACUGGCUGAACUCAGUCCGCACACACACCCUGGUGCACGGGCGGGAGCAGACAGGAGAGCCGCGUGUCGUUUUGGUCCUCACGCACAAGGACAGAGUCGAUGAGUCGGACAUUGAGGAGUACAAGAAAGAUAUACGUGAUCACAUCAGUGGUAAGGCUGCCGGUAAACAUGUCUUGCCUAAGAUAUUUGUCAUCGACAACUUCAACGAGGACAACAGCGACAUUGACGAGCUCCGAGAAUACCUCCGUGAGGUGGCGAAGGGUCUGUGGUUCAUGGGCCAGGAGGUGCCGAUGACUUGGCUUCAUCUGAAGUCCAAACUGAUGGACAAGAGGAGAGAGGACGACCCAUUCUGCCGUUUCCAGGAUGUCGUAGAUCUGGCCCGAAGUGAUGACGUGGGCAUCACGAACGACAGCCAUGUUGCCGACAUUUUGACCUUUCUACACGACCUUGGUGACAUCAUCUUCAUCAACGAACCCGUUCUCCGUGAUCACGUGGCCCUUCGACCUCAGGUGAUGAUUGACGUCUUCAAGACCAUCAUCACCGUCCCGGAGUACCAACAGGACAGGAGCACGGACGGAGAGGUUGCCGCCAUGUGGAGGAGGCUGGAGACGAAAGGCAUCCUCAGUGACAGGCUGUUGACAAUCAUCUGGACCAAAGCAGAUCAGAAGAUGCAGAAACCCUUCCUACUGCGGUACAAGCCCUUCCUGAAGCGACUGAUGGAAAAGUACUACCUCCUCUGCAAUGCCUCGCCGAUCGGUGGGUUAGAUGACACGGCAGACGAGCCUGAGAAAGAAGAGAUCUACUUCGUACCAUCUCUCCUGGCCGCAAAGCCGAACGACAGCACCUUGUAUCCUGGACACAUGACGAGAUACCAGCAUCCUCUGUAUGUCGUAUUCGACAACAUGUUCCUCCCAAGUGGCAUGUUCUACCGUCUACAAGCGAUUUGUGUGCGCAGGUUCGGUCUUCAAGAGUCCCGCGUGUUCGCCGGCUGCUGCCGCUUCCCUACUGACGAUGUAAAGCAACAGUUCGUGGUAACCAAAGUGAAGCAUUACCUGAAGGUGGAGCUUCUGUCUGCUGAAGCUGAAGACCAAACAGUGUUCACACAGGGCCUUCCUGUUAGAAAGUUCCUCAGCAGUUGUCUCUUCGAGAUCAAGGAGAAGUGGAUCCCGUCCAUCCAGUAUGACUGGUGCUUUGGGGAGGAGUCAGAAAAAGGAACAGGAACACCAGUAUUCUACCGACUGUCUGACAUCGAGCAAGAAACGGCAACGGAAUCCAGUCGUUUUCCAGAAGACUUCAUCAAUGUCUGGAUACGUGGCAGAAGUGAUACGACAACGUCCUGUGCAGAGAACUCAGGUGGUUCCGGACCCGUGAUGAUAGAGCCCACGCUGAACCCAGACGCAGUCCACACGAUCGGUCCUGUCUUGGACUGUAUGGAGACCUGCAGAGGGCUGAAUCUGGCGCAGUGCGAUCGGAUCAGACACGAGCUCACAUCCGUCAGCAGGUUCAAAGAGUUGGUCGCCACCGUCAACAGGGCCGGAGACAUGUGCCGUCGUUUCCUGGGUGCGUCCGUGGAAGUUUGUCUGCCUGAGAGAGCACCCAUGUUCCCAAGGGAAGAGAGAGGGAACGAAAUUGUUCUCCUACACACCGGAGACUACAAUGACAAGCUGGUGCAGCCACUGUUGAAACAGGCAGUCCAAUCGUCCAGCAGGUACGGGGUAACAGUGUCUGAAGACGUCAUCGAACCAGGAGAAAUCAUCACAGACAAACUCUUGCACCAUCUUCUCCAACGGAACGUCAGGAUGGUCGUACCGAUCAUCACACCCCAGACUCUCCACAGCAGGCACUGGUCCACGCUCGGGUACGAAUUCUGCGUACAAAACAAGAACCUGGUCUUCCCGGUCUUCGCCUACCCUGAAGGAACCAGAGAGCGUUUGCUAGAGGUGCUCGGCAGGCGCUGUGCUGGGAUGUUGGAUAUGACAGCAACAGAAGUACCAAUGACUGAAGGAGAGCUAUCCAACACCAAAAUUGGUCUCGUUUCAGCAGAUAUCCUGAGGAAGGCGUCGUCUUCUGUUGUGCUGAACACGUACAGAAUCACAGAAGAAGGUUGCCAGAUAGAGGAGGAUGGUGUCACUAUCUCCUUUCCAAAAGGAUGCGUCAAGACGGGGAGGUCCCUGUCCUUGGAGGUCGAAAUGCUGCCCAUUGACGACGCCUUAACAAAGGCUUUCUCAGCUGUGACCCCGAUACUGACUGUGCACCAGGAAAAGGAGGAGGAGUUCUUAGAGCCUGUGAUAGUCACCCUGCCGUGGGCAUGGAAGAAGAGCGACUGCGGCACAUAUAAGACCGUCCUGAUGGAAAGGAAAUCAACUCCUCCCCUGUGGUCUUUGCUUAGGACAGAGUUUCAAGAGACAGAGGACGCGGUCACAUUCACAACGAGACAUUUUUCCGGGAUUGCUAGUGCCAAGGAAAGUGGCAAAGGCAGAGAAACUUCGACCUCUACUGCAGAGACUCCAGGGAACCAGGAGGAGACAGCCAAUCGGGAGGCGUCAGAGUCAAAUGUUCCAUCAACAUCAACAUCUCCAACAACUUCUCUGUCAUUCCAGGCGUGUUGGAACAGUUACAUUGAAAACAAAGUGUACCUCAUCAUUAACCCAAACAAGGCAACAACAGACAACGACUGCAUCCACCUCAUGUGUGUUCACAAGAACGACGACCCCGACGACUUUUUCCACGCUGAGAAUAUGUUGCCGCUCCCACCGUUUCAACAACGCAUCGUCAUGGGCAGGGAAGAAAUGAUAGACGCCAAGUUUGAUGAAGAAAAAGAGGUCAUUGGAGAUUCUAGUGAUCUUAGGGAAGGUAUCAUCUUCUUCUUCCCCCUCCCACCAGUCUGCAACAGGUCGUCCGUUGGACUGAUUCUGAACAACCCGAGCCAAAACAAAAAGAUGUACAAAGGGGCCGUCCAUUUCAGACGACUUUCUGAGUCCGGAGCACAAAUAACAGAUCUCAAGCACCGGAUCCCGUCAGCAACAGUGUUUUUCCACUCCGAAGAUGAGGGGAAGACAAGUCAGGUUCAGCAGAAGGAAGGCACUGUGGUCAAGGCGCCCCAGAUACAACAUAAGAAAGGUGGGAAGAGGAAAGCCAAAACGCGGCAUGUCGGCGAGUCCGGCGACAGUGGCCCCCCGGUAAAGCGACCGAAGCAAGGAUCUGCUAGAAGGCCUUUGGUGCUGUUGCUCAAUGAUGAGUAUGGGACCAGAAAGGGUGGAAUAUCCACAGUCAACCGUCAGAUUGGGUGCUUUCUGGCUUCAAAAGGAGCGAAUGUCCUUUGCACAGUCCUGAAUGCCACACAACAAGACAAGGAUGACGCGGCUGCUGAUGGAAUUCAGUUGAUUUUUCCAACGACGUUUCCACGUGAUCGGAGAAAAGCAGAAAUCUCCUGGCUAACAUUUGACCACCAGGCCCGAUAUCCAGGCCUUCCCUCACAUGUAGACUUCAUCGUCGGCCACGUCCACAUCACAAGCCAUGCAGCAAGACGGAUCAAGGAACGCUUUCCUGGCGCCAAACUCAUCCAGGUCACCCACGUGAUGCCAGAAGAAACCAGUCAGUACAAGGGUGAUGAGAAGGUGAUGAGCAUCGGACAGGAAAGUCUCAGCAUUCUGGAUGACCUACGAGAUGCUGAUGUUCUCUUCUCGGUUGGGCCAUUGAUGUAUGACUACUACAGGCAUCAGACGAAUCAGCUAACACUACAGCAUCAUGAACUCUUGCCAAAGCCUUCUGACAUCUUCAUCGAUAUGAAACUGAAGCCACCCGCCGACACGGAAACGAAAGUUGUGCUGUCCAUCGGCAGGGUCAAGGGUGUGGAGAGGCUGAAAGGCGUUGAUCUGACGGCGAAGACCAUGGGCAAGGUGAUCGACAAACUACCCAACACGAAGUGGCGGCUUCGCGGCUUCAGACGUGAUGAUUUUCAAGCAAGCAGGAGCAUCAUCGAAGCCAAUACGGGUAGAUUCCAGUUCGUACCCUUCACACCUCUUGAAUACGGUACACAGGAGGAGCUGUGCGAGGACAUGAGAAAGGCCGAUGUCGUCCUGAUGCCGUCUCGCGCAGAGCCAUUCGGACUGGUUGGUCUGGAGGCCAUCGCCGCAGGGGUGCCAGUCGUGAUUUCCAACAAAUCUGGUCUUGCAAAGUUCCUGACGAAACAAGAUCCCGAGUUUGACCGCACGAUCGUAGAGAUCGACGAUGACGAUGAGGAAGCCGCCAAAACGCUGUCCAAGCGCAUCAUUAAGAUCCUGAAGGAUGGACCCAGGGAGUUCAAGGCCGCACAAAGUUUGAAGAAAAAGCUUCUGGACUCAGAGUACUGGGCUGAAUCACACAGCAAGCUCCUCCAAACCUUUGGCCUGGAGGGCUGAACGUUUAACCAAUGGCAAAUGGCACUUGGCAGUUCUACUUAAUAUGGCUUCAGAACCCACCGUGCACACGCAUCUUGAUCAACCGUCUGUCAAACAUGUUGUAUAUACCAGUAAACAGGUGUACAUGUAUAUUAUUCCUUAAGUCAUCUAUUCUGCAAACCAAUGGAUAUGUGGGUAAAGCAUCAAGUGUCCAUAUCGACCUGGUAACGGGACUUUCUCAGAUGGCAGUACUCUGCAGAUGCUCAUUCUGAACUGUUGUUAACAUAAUGAGAACAAUCAACAUUCCAUAUAAGCUUGUACACAGUGGAUCCCUACAAGCUCUUGUACUUUUUAUUGCUAUGCAACAUUAGAUUUCAUACUAGGAUUUGAUACUACAGAUUUUCCAGUUAGCUGAAGUUGACAUGCU